AUGGCGGCGGCGAGCGGGCAGUCCAGGGAAGAAGAUCGUGCGGCGGCGGCGGCGGCGGCUGUGGCGGUGCCGGAGGCGGCGGCAGGUUUUGGCUGCAAAUACUGCGAGAAGAGGUUCAGAAAUAAGCAUGCUUUGGGAGGGCACCAGAAUGCGCACCGGAUGGAGAGAGCUAUGGAUUGGACUGUUAAGAGGAGACGUGUCGGCUUCAUGGAUUAUAAUCCAUUUUAUCCUUUCGCUGCCUUUCCACCACUUCCCGUCGGCGGCGCCGGCGGCGAGGUGAACUACUUGUACCAGGCUGCAGAUGCAAUGCCGCCGUAUUUCCUGCCUGGCUUGCCGGAGAUUCCAGCCAGGCCACCGCUCUUUGCUUAUCCAUUUCCACCUGCUGUGCCUGAAACUCAGGUUUUGUCGGGGCCGGCGAUGACGGCCUCCGGCGACAACACCUCUCCGGUGGGAAGUGUUCCCGCCGAUUCCCCUGUCACCAACUUGCUUGGUUCCAUUGCUGCUAUCAACUCCAUUCCAGGGAAUACUCCAGAAGUUCUCAUCGAGGAUGGAGAAGUGGACUUGAAUCUCAAGCUAUGA